GACGCCUGUAGCGCAAUGGCGGUGAUGGCCAGGUCCAGCUCAGCUCAAAACACCUGUAACUGGAUUAUGGCUCUCCUGGCGCUGUGGUCCGUGGUCUCUCUGAUCGUCAUCGUGGUUUGGGCCACCUGGCCCCCCUUGGCUGGCGUUACACAAUGCAGAGCAGCACAACAGGCCUUAAUUGAGAAGAUGGAGGGAGCCAAAGUGAUGACGGAAAAAGCGCAAGAGGUCUUGAAAUCCACAUUGAAGCUGAGCUUAGAGAACCAGACCAAACUGGAAGAAGAGCUGGAAUGUCUUCUAAAGAGCCAGAAGGAAACCAAUGCAUCUCUAACGGAGAGUCUGCGACUGCAAAUGUUCCUAAAGGAAAAUGCAACAGCUUUGGAAAAUCAAAGACUGAUGUACCAGAGCGAACAUGCAAGACUUUUUUCGGAGCUAGCUCAGCGGGAGGCUCUUAUUGAGAUUCUGUGGGUGAAUCUGACCAGUGUAUCGCAUCACUUGGAUUCAUGCGCAGCUUUACGUGACGCCGCGAGCAGCCAACAGGUGGCAGCAGAGAGUCAAAGGAAAGCCUGUGAAUCCAAAACAACUUACCUUGUCAAGCAAGUAGACAUCUGCAAGGUUAAUGUGUGAGGAACCCAAGGCUUCCAUCACGCCAUCAUCAUUUAAACUUCACUUAAUUGCCCCGAAGAUGUAAUACUAUACCAGUAUGCAAAGACAACAAACAUCUUUGAACAUCUGUAUCAUUUGGAAAGUGAUAUAAAGUACAAUGACACGAACAUCAUCGUAUUGAGACAUUAUUACUAUUUAAAGUGCUGUCAAACGAAUAAUUGCGAUUAAUCGCAUUCAAAAUAAAAGUUUUGUUUACA